AUGGAGAAGGAAAGAGAGAAGAAGAAGAAGAAGAAGAGAAAGAGAAGAAGGGAAAAGAAGAAGAAGGAGAAGAGAAAAAGAAAGAGAAACAAGAGUGAUCAAGAAAAGAAAAAGAGGAGAAACGGCCCCAAAGGAGUAAGAGAUGAUCUGAACCAUCUGUUAGUGAAAAAAAAAAGAAAAAAAAAAGACCAUACGGAGAAAUGA